AUGAUAGCGUCGUACUGCGUGCGCGAGUUGGGCAUCGACGCGGCGCGCGUCAACCCCAACGGCGGCGCCAUCGCCCUCGGCCACCCGCUCGGCGCCACCGGCGCGCGCUGCACCGCCACACUGCUGCACGAGAUGCGCCGCCGCGGCCGCGCCGCGCGCUUCGGCGUCGUCUCGAUGUGCAUCGGGUCGGGCAUGGGCGCGGCGGCGGUGUUUGAGGCCGGGGACGCGGCCGACUGCCCCUCGCCGCGGUCGCUGCCCGUGGACGGCCAGACGCAGCUCUCGCGCGACUUCCGCGGCUGA